CCUCAACCUGCUGAACCACAGCAGGAACUCCUCACAUGGAUUUUUAAGCUUUGCUCCCACAGCGAGGUCCUCCUGGACCUCUGAAGGUCCUCAGUUUUCCAAGCGCGCGGGCUUUGCCCCAGGCCCCCAGACUCAGGAUCUCUAGGGGAAGAGCCCCGGGGACUUGCGAACUUAGCAAGCUCCUUUUGGCUCACUCACCAACCAGUGAACUCGGGAUCCAGCCGCCCUUCACAGGCAGGCUCAUGGACGGGAAAAGCCGCCCUUGGCACCGGCAGAUGCGAGUGCAGGCUGGGGCACUCAGCCGCUUCAGAGAACCACCUGGUCUUUCUAGGCCUACAUUGUCUUCAUCUGUUUAAUGGGGAUGAGCGGUGAUCUUGCCUGAUUUGCAGGGUUGGUGAGAUGGGGGAAACAGCACUCGGGUGGGACACUGAGGCUCGUGGGAGAGGAGCUAGGCAGUGUCAUCUGCCUGUCAUGUGCCAGACGCUGGGGACUCAGCUGGGAACAACCUGUUGGGGGACGUGACAUUCUAGCCAACAAGGAAACCUAAAAGUGAGCCAGCCAAUCACCAUAAAGGAAAUAAAGGGGUUUUCCAGGCUGAGGGCAGAGGGGUGGCCAGGAAGGCCUGCCCAGGAGGGUCACCCCAGCGGAGUGCUGGGGAGCCGUCUGAGCAGGCCCUCGAGGCUUGUCCCAGGCCCAGGGGCAGCAGACAGCAGGCCCCCUCAGCCGGCCAGGGCGCUCCCAGGGCCCGCGGAGGAGGGGUGGCCGCGGGUCUUUGUCUCCCUCCGUCCCUCUGCAGCCCGUUCGACCCCCAGCGCUGUUCCCUUCUUGACCCCGGAUAACUUGUUGGCUUCCCCCGGGCUUUGUUUCCCCGGGGUCACCGCCUCCGGGCCUGCCGGCAGCUGCUCCGGACCCUCUUGGGUCCCGCAUCGGACACCCCCUCCGGCCCCCGCCCCCUACCCGCUCCGAGCCUGGGGUCAAAGGCAGCCCGCGUCACGUGGUCGCCGAGCAGCACCGAAUCGGCCGGGAGAGCCGAGAGAGAAUCCGGGUGGAAGCCGAGAAACCCAGCCCGGAGAGCAGCGCCCGGUCCCGCCCCGGCCCCCGCCCCGGGGUGCUUGCCGCCCGCCCGCCCGCCUGCCGCCCGCCGCCCGGGCCUCCCGAGCCGAUCUCCGGCCGACACCCACGCUCCAUCACGGGAUCGAACCCUGUUCCCACCGCUGCGAUUCGGGGAGCCUCGGCCCCCGGGACCCCACCGAGGGAGCGGCAUGCGGCGCCCCCGGGCCUGCCCAGCGUCCUUCGGCCGGCUGCCCAGCCCCCCCAGGAGGCCCUGACGCCCUGGGGCGCUUCUGCUGUGCACAGGACCACGUGGGGGUUUGCCAUGGUGACAUAAGGGGCGCGGAGGGAGGAAGGAGCGCACCCAGCCGCGGACCGCGCCUCUGGCUGGGAGGAAGGGCCAGGGCCCGCGUCCCCCGCUCCCGUGCCCCGACUCUCUGCGAAUCUGGUGGACGGCUCGGUGUCUCCUCCCGCGCGGGGCCCUGGGGCGGCCUCGGGGGCCGGGAUGCCCGUCCCGGCGCGCCUCCGCAGGCUGUGUCGGCACGUGUCCCCACAGGCUGUGCUCUUCCUGCUGUUCAUCUUCUGCCUGUUCAGCGUGUUUGUCUCGGCCUACUACCUGUAUGGCUGGAAGCGGGGCCUGGAGCCCUCGGCGGACGCCCCCGAGCCUGACUGCGGGGACCCGCCGCCCGUGGCCCCCAGCCGCCUGCUGCCGCUCAAGCCCAUGCAGGCGGCCGCCCCGUCCCGCACGGACCCGUUGGUGCUGGUGUUUGUGGAGAGCCUCUACUCCCAGCUGGGCCAGGAGGUGGUGGCCAUCCUGGAGUCCAGCCGCUUCAAGUACCGCACGGAGAUCGCCCCCGGCAAGGGCGACAUGCCCACGCUCACCGACAAGGGCCGCGGCCGCUUCGCUCUCAUCAUCUACGAGAACAUUCUCAAGUACGUCAACCUGGACGCCUGGAACCGGGAGCUGCUGGACAAGUACUGCGUGGCCUACGGCGUGGGCAUCAUCGGCUUCUUCAAGGCCAAUGAGAACAGCCUGCUGAGCGCACAGCUCAAAGGGUUCCCGCUGUUCCUGCACUCGAACCUGGGCCUGAAGGACUGCAGCAUCAACCCCAAGUCCCCGCUGCUCUACGUGACCCGGCCCAGCGAGGUGGACAAGGGCGUGCUGCCGGGCGAGGACUGGACCGUCUUCCAGUGGAACCACUCCACCUACGAGCCCGUGCUGCUGGCCAAGACGCGCUCGGCCGAGUCCAUCCCGCACCUGGGCGCGGACGCCGGCCUGCACGCCGCGCUGCACGCCACCGUGGUCCAGGACCUGGGCCUGCACGACGGCAUCCAGCGCGUGCUCUUUGGCAACAACCUCAGCUUCUGGCUGCACAAGCUCGUCUUCGUCGACGCCGUGGCCUUCCUCACGGGCAAGCGGCUGGCGCUGCCCCUGGAGCGCUACAUCCUGGUGGACAUUGACGACAUCUUCGUGGGCAAGGAGGGCACACGCAUGAAGGCGGAGGACGUGAAGGCCCUGUUUGAGACGCAGAACGAACUCCGCACACACAUCCCAAACUUCACCUUCAACCUGGGCUACUCGGGGAAAUUCUUCCAUACAGGCACGGAUGCCGAGGACGCGGGGGACGACCUGCUGCUGUCGUACGUGGAGGAGUUCUGGUGGUUCCCCCACAUGUGGAGCCACAUGCAGCCUCACCUGUUCCACAACCAGUCCGUGCUGGCCGAGCAGAUGGCCCUGAACAAGAAGUUCGCUGUCGAGCACGGCAUCCCCACAGACAUGGGGUACGCGGUGGCGCCCCACCACUCGGGCGUGUACCCCGUGCACGUGCAGCUGUACGAGGCCUGGAAGCAGGUGUGGAGCAUCCGCGUGACCAGCACCGAGGAGUACCCCCACCUGAAGCCAGCCCGCCACCGCCGCGGCUUCAUCCACGACGGCAUCAUGGUCCUCCCGCGGCAGACCUGCGGCCUCUUCACACACACCAUCUUCCACAACGAGUACCCCGGCGGCUCCGGCGAGCUGGACAAGAUCAUCCAUGGGGGCGAGCUCUUCCUCACGGUGCUUCUCAACCCCAUCAGCAUCUUCAUGACGCACCUGUCCAACUACGGGAACGACCGCCUGGGCCUGUACACCUUCAAGCACCUGGCGCGCUUCCUGCACUCCUGGACCAACCUGCGCCUGCAGACGCUGCCGCCCGUGCAGCUGGCCCAGAAGUACUUCCAGAUCUUCUCCGAGGAGAAGGACCCGCUCUGGCAGGAUCCCUGCGAGGACAAGCGUCACAAAGAUAUCUGGUCCAAGGAGAAGACAUGUGACCGCUUCCCCAAGCUUCUCAUCAUCGGCCCCCAGAAAACAGGCACCACCGCCCUCUACCUGUUCCUGGGCCUGCACCCUGAUCUCAGCAGCAACUACCCCAGCUCGGAGACCUUUGAGGAGAUCCAGUUUUUCAACGGCCACAACUACCACAAAGGCAUCGACUGGUACAUGGACUUCUUCCCCAUCCCCUCCAACACCACCUCCGACUUCUACUUUGAGAAGAGCGCCAACUACUUCGACUCGGACGUGGCGCCCCGGCGGGCCGCCGCCCUGCUGCCCAAGGCCAAGGUCCUGACCAUCCUCAUCAACCCGGCCGACCGAGCCUACUCCUGGUACCAGCACCAGCGCGCCCACGAUGACCCCGCAGCGCUGAGGUACACCUUCCACGAGGUCAUCACCGCCGGGCCUGAUGCGUCCUCGAAGCUGCGUGCCCUCCAGAACCGCUGCCUGGUCCCCGGCUGGUACGCCACCCACCUCGAGCGCUGGCUCGGCGCCUUUCACGCCAACCAGAUUCUCGUCUUGGAUGGCAGACUGCUGCGCACAGAACCUGCCAGAGUGAUGGACGCGGUGCAGAAGUUCCUCGGGGUGACCAACACAAUCGACUACCACAAAACCCUGGCGUUUGAUCCCAAGAAAGGAUUUUGGUGCCAGCUGCUUGAAGGAGGCAAGACCAAGUGUCUGGGCAGAAGCAAGGGCCGCAAGUACCCAGACAUGGACCCGGAUGUGCUGUGGGGGCGUCAGAACCAGGACGUGCCACUGAAGCUGGACCGUCCCGCGCCUUCCUGAGGGACUAUUACCGGGACCACAACAUCGAGCUUUCCAAGCUGCUCUACAAGAUGGGCCAGACGCUGCCCACCUGGCUGCGGGAGGAGCUCCAGAACACCAGGUAGCCGCGGCCGCCCCGCCAGACCGACUGUGACGCCAGGGCCGGCCCGCCCCACGCCGAGCCUGACGGACCUGCGGAGCCGGGGUUUAGCCUGGGCAGGCCCAGCGCUGGGAGCAGCCCUCGGCCACACCCGGCCCCGCGAGCGGCCGCGCAGCUGCUGGGUCUGUGGCCGCAGGCCCGCGCCGCCCUAGGGGUCCCUCCGCCGCAUCUCCGAAGGGGAGGCCGCUGCCCACUGGAAGGGGCCGCCAGACGCUCGCGCGCGCGGCCUGGCAUCCACGCGCUGGCAUCAGCUGCCGCGUGUUCCCAGCCCUCCGGACGGGAGGCAGGAGGGGCCCCGCGGGGCCUUCUGCCAACCCCGGGGGAGACGGGCCGCUUCCCCGAGGUCUCGAGCCAGGCUCUUCAGCGGGCCCCGCUGGGCAUCCGGCGGCAGCGGCGGCAGCCCCUUGCCUGGACGGGCGCGGCCGGCUCCGAGCACGGUGACCCUGCCCAGCCAGGCGGGGUGGCCUCUCGCCUUCCGUCCCGGGGAGAGGACGGGUUGCGGGCAUCUCCACCCCGUCCUCGGCCCCCUCCAGGGCCUGGGGCACUGCCAGGCCACGCGGAGCCCGAGAGCCAGCCCCCUCUCCCCGGGACGGGACUGACAGGCGUGGUGUCUCUCCUGUGGUGAAAGGCUGAGGUGGCGGGAGUCUGCCCCCCGCACCCCCCUGUGCAGACGUGCCCCGCUGCCCGGCCCCACGCUGGCAGGCGCCGGGCGGGCUUGGGGCGACCCCCGCCCUGCGGGGCCUCAGCCUCCUGUGGCCCUUAACCUCCCCAGUACUAAGACGCUAAAGGAUCUGACUAUUUUUUUUUUUGGUGCCAGAGUUUAUACCCUGGGUGCUGGGGUCGCACUGUGUUACAUAUAUACAUAUAACGUGUAUAUAUAUAUAUAUAUUAUAUUAUAUUUUUUUUGGUUGGGUUUGUUUUUAAUUAAGUUGUACAAAGCAGUGGCAAGCCCCAGUCCCAAAGGCUGUCGUAUCUCAGUGCCGAGAACGGGUUGGGGGGAGGGCUUGUCUUCACGCGUUGGGGCCUCCAGGACACGGGAUGGAAGUGCCCCUGCUGAGGUCAAGGGCCGGGGCCGGCCCGGGCCACGCUCGGCGGACGGGGCUGGUGAGAUGCAGAGGGAAGACCCCCCCCCCCCGCGCCCGUCCGGGAACUGGCUUCCUGAAGCGCAGUGGCCAGAGCAAACAGCCGAGCUGGGGUAGGAGACCCCGGCGCCAGAGGCAGGCCUGUUCCCCCGCCCCCCCCCGCACGGUGCUAGUUGGGAGCCGUCCCCGGAGGCCCCUGGGACCCAGAGCGCUGUCUCGGGCCCCUGCCAACAAGGGGGCCUCUGGGCUUCCUCGGUGGGCGGGGGGGGGGAGUCCUGCCCCUCCCCCUUUGACAAUGUGAAGCGACUCUGGCUGGGGGGCUGGGGGUCCUCCCCGGCCCUCCCACUGCCAGUUCAGUUCUCCUGGGACAGCCCUUCUGGAGAGCCUGGGCCAACUCAGGAGCCUCGAGCAUGUGGGGUGAGGGUGCUUAGCAGGCGUGAGCCCAGGUCCAGAAGGGGAGGUGGCCACCUCGGCUGAUGUCACAGACCUGGUCACCAGCAGGGCCGAGCAAUGACCAGAGGCACCGGAGUCCGAGCCCAGGGCUCUUCUCCCAAUGCCACACUGUCUCUGAGCCCAUCCUGGGCCCUCCUCGGUGCCAGGUCCCUGUCCCUGCCUCUGUCAGCCGGUGGUCAUUCCAGGACGUGGGGACAAACCACUCCUUCCCAGCCAGGGUGCCUUCGAGCCGUCUCCGGUCCACACCUGUAUCUGGAGCUCGGGCCUGCUGCCCCCAAAGCGCCUUCCCCGGCGCGGGAGCCCGGGUCCGGCUGAGGCGCCAGGUUCUCCGGGGGAGGGAAGAAGGGAGAGGUCGGGACCUGCGUGUGCUGCCAUCGUCCCGAGAAGCGCCCCCCAGCAGCAGCCGCCCCGCCGUGCCGGGGGCUCGCAGGCCCGCAGGCCGCCUCCGGCUGCUGGCGCCCUGCUCGAGGGGCAGACGGGCCUGCCCGCGUCCCCGGCCCCUGGCCUGACGAGGGGACAGGCAGGUUCGCGGCCCUCGGGGAGCAGAGGAAACAGUGGAGGUUUCAUCCAGGCCCUUCCAGGAGCCCGGGACUCGGCCUGUCACGUGUCCCCGGUCUGUCUUGUCCCUGCCCCUCUUUCCCUUCCUGCUAACAAACCUCUAGAGGACCCGCUGCCCACGGGGGUGAGCGGUGGGGCGGGGGUGCCCUCCGCUGUGAGCACACAGCCCCCCAGCCCUGGCGGAGAGCGGAGCACAGUGCAGCGCGGCCCCAGCGGCUUCCCUGUCACCGAGUCACUGUCUGAACGAGAAAGAAAAGGGCACGAGCUGAAAUUGCGUCCAUGACCCAACUGCGCCUCUGCCCAGGGCCAGCGUUGGUGGGGGCAUCGCGUGCUGCCGCCUGUCACUUGGGGCUCCAGCGCUGCCCACGGUGGGGGCGGCUGGCGUGUGGAGGAAGAGGCGGAGGUUCAAAGACGCGUCUCUGCCACGUCCCUGAGUAGGAACAGCCAGUGCCCCGGCGCCAGCGGGGGGCCAGAGGUCUGUCCCCUGUCGAAGAAAACGGGGCAGACCUACAGAGACUGAGGCUCCCCGCCAGGGCCGCCCCACGGGCUGGAUGGGAGCAGGUGCAGGUCGGUCUGUACCAGGACUUUGCUAGGGAAUCCCCCCCUCCUCCACUUGGACUUCAAAGCCCACACUCGCCUCGUUUUCAAAAACCUCCCUCUGUCCCGCAGUCCCUCUGACCCUGUCCCUCUCGGUACCAGAGUAUCUUUCCCGAACGAGUUGGGAAGUUGCAGGUGUAGCCCGCGACUCCACCCCAGACGCCUCCGCCUGCGUCUCCUAAGCGUGAGGACGCGCUCCGGCCCUGGGCCAAGGUCACACCCGAGACAGCGGAGGUGUCCCCAACCCCCGCCACUCAGGCCAUGCUCCUCUUUCCCCGGUAACUCCCUCCUGGCGUUGGCAUCAGGAACUAGCAGAGGUACACGCGGUGCCCUCGGGCCUGUUUGUUUCCUAAGGUCGCUUUGAAGCCCAACUUUCCCAUCUGCUCACUGUGGUUUUUCAAAUGACAAAGCGAGUUCAGAGGCCGGCAGCUGCUGGCUUGCAGACCCGCGUCCUGGACCGUCCAGUUUCUGGGUGGUGUCGCGGAGCGUCCCUCCCACCCCAGGCUGGGCUGUGGGGGCUGUCACCUUCUGUGCGGGCUUGAGAACGUCCGCCCUGCCCAAGGUGCCCUCUGCUGUCACUUGUGCCACGUGCCAGGUCGGCCGAGCGCCCAGCAGCGCAGAUGGGUCUGGGAAGAGGCAGCUCCGGGGGUGGCGGCUGCAUCACGCGGUGCCCUCCUGGGUCCUGUGAUGGCCGCUGGGCGCCAAGCAGCCCCUCCCCCUGCCUCUGCGGUGGGGCCCGCGGUCUGUGCUCGGGAGCCGGGCCCGCCCUGGGCUGCCCCACACGUAGGCUGCCCUCCCGGCUGUGGUGUGAGCAGAGCGCUGGGCUGGAGGCAGGAGACGUGAAUCGCGUCCCAGGACACGCAGGCGCCUAGCGGCCUCGUCGAUGCCCGCCGAGACAGCGAGUGGCCGGGGCUACGGCAGACGCCCAGGCGGCAGAGAGGGAGGCGGGUGGCUCCAGCUGCGUGAGGCUGAGGCCCCUGUCCCCGGCCCCGGCUGCCUGAGCUGCACCCAGGGGGCAGGUGUGGGCUGGGGUGGGGUCCGAGGUGAAGGCCAGGGGAGACUCGGCUGUGUUUCCUCCUCGCCAGUCCCUCCCUCCCACCCACUCUGAGUGCGGGCGGGGAGGUCUCACUGUGCCGGUUUCUGAGCAGCAAGAGGGCUCCUUGGUAGCUUGUGCAUGAAGUCCAGGUCGUCUCGGGGGAGAGGAGAGGAGAGGGCUGACCUCAGAGGGUGGGGGUGCGCAGGGGAGGGGGUGGGGAGGUGCUACCCGCUCGCCUGCCAGGCCCCUUAAACCAGCCGUUUGGGGUCGAGCUCAAAGUGGGAACCUUCCUCCGCUCAUGUACCACCUCGCACUAACUGCUAAUAAAGCGGCGUUCUGUUUGUA